AAGUUUUCUUCUCCUUCACCAUAGCAAAGCCGAGUCAGUGGUAGCGGCGCCAGUCGUUCCCUCUCUUCGCUAAUUUACACCAAGUAAAAACAGCUCGCGCUAUAGCUCGUUAUCCACUCAAUGCUAUCAAAGAUGUAGAGGUCUUCUUCUUCCUGCGCUUCCAUCAUCGAGUACUAGCACAGAAUAUACUUUCAUACCUGGAGUGGCUUUAUGUCAAUAUCAUCAUAUGUCUCGUAAAGCUCAUCGUCUGUGGUACUGGUGCUGUUGUUGUUAUAGCGGUUCGUCAACCCUCUUGAGAGCAAACGAAAAUAACCAAAGUCAUCGAAGUCAUCUAACGAGAGGUCUCAGAGCAGGCGAAAGAAGCAUAAGUUAUCGAGGUCAUCCAAUGGGAAGUCCAGGAAACGAGUUGUUUCGAUGGGCUCGCACCAGAGGGAUGAGUAGGUUUUAGGCUAAAUACAAAGCGGUAGUAGUGUUGUGCGUGGUUUCAUUGUAUGCCGAAAAUAUAUUGGGUAUAUCGACAUCAAUUCUGUUUAGGUUUAUGUAAGAAUUAAGUCAACUACGAUAUCCAGUAUCUUAAUUGUGUCAGUAUAAACUCAUGUCUUUCGAGGCAGAUCGAGAUCUUCGUCUGCAAUACUUGGCGCUUGGAUACCGAUCACGCAAUUCAUUGGUAGGGAGUUCAUGGAGAUGUUGACGAACUUCAGGUGAAGAAGUGUUUAAAGUCUCUGAGUACGCCGUCUUUCUUGUCUAUGCUGCUGAAUAAUCUGUUUAGUAUAAUAAGCCUUUCCUGAUAUGCCUAGGUGUAAGUAAAGCCUCAGAUAAAUACCUAUUGGGAUAGUCCCGUUGGGUACAGCCUAACAUUCUGCUCCUUAAUUCAAAGCAUAUAUGUUUCACUGUGUACGUGAAGCUGCGUUGAUAUCAUGAGGUUUCCUGUCAAGGUCCUGUGGAUUUUAUUUGUGGCCCUGUAGGAGUUCAGACUGCCGUAUGAGACUACCAAUAACUUCGACAUUCCAAUCGAUUUCCAGCCGAUACCUCUUCAUCCAGCAGAUGCUAAGUGUAGCCGAGGAUUUCGCGGGUUGUAACUGCAGAGUUCGUGCAUUGUCGUACGUUCGUCAAGAUAGCAUUUUACUUUCCAAAAGCUAGUGUUUGGGUAUUAAUAACGUUGUUAACAGUGUUUAUGUAUGCUGCCAUGGAGUCUCAUGUACUUUCUUUUUCAUGUACCCGAGAGGCAGCUCUCUUUCAAACGGUAGAGGACUACAUCACUAAAUCGUAUUGAGAAACAUGAAAGCCUCCCAUCGGUCCACUGGUCCUCUUCUGAUGAGGAGCUUGAGGAAAACUAGGCUCAACAGAUGCAAGCGACUUCUUUAGUGGCGUGCGGUCAAUUGCCAUAAAGCAUCCUUCUCACAGAUGAGAAAUUUAUUACUAAGCGAAACGACAAAAUCUACGCAAAAACUUCCGAAAGCGCAAACAAUUUUAUUCCCAGGCCUCAACGUGGUCAUCCUAUUUAGCUAUCUGAUCGGUAGUCUCCUGUAAAGGCGUUACGCCUCUUCAUUACUGGGCAAAAGUAUACCAGCUGGAUGUCUUAGAAGCAGUAGAGUAAAUGUGAUGCACAACCGAUCCAUGGUUGCUCGGAAUACCAACAAUGCAGGGCGAUUAUGUCGGCCGAACAUUGGACGCUGCAGGUGAAGAAUCGCGCGUACCGAAUAAUUAUUUUUGUGAUAAAUUUGCACGAUUUGCUUACAUUGUUCCGCGUAAAUCUGUUUGAUGUACAUCAAUUUCUUCAAAGAUCAAGUUCUGGUCUUAACUCUGUCAAAAAGUCAUCAUCAUAAAAUCAUCGGAAUUGGAGAGCUUUAUAUUUUCAGAUAUGAGAGUGAAUAUUUAGUCGUAAAAUGAAAAUCCAUAAAUUUGAAAUAUUCACGAAAGGUCUUUUUAAUUGCUCUGAACAGAGAAUACCGAGCUCUCCGAGUGUAUUUCUGUCAUGUCACGAAAGGCUCCGCACAAAAAUCCAUAAAUCAAACGCAGCGGAUUAAAAUGAACUGUAGGUCCCUCGAUUUUUUUUUUAAAUCAAGACCCACAUCCCAAUUUGGUAGAGGAGCUUGGCUGAAAAUCGAUAAAAAAGCAACAAAUAGAAAUUGUAGCCUUCCUUAGCUACAUGCAGUCCGGCUUCAAGCAUGCUUUGGACAUUUCACCCUCUAACUAAGUCAGUUACCAAGGCAACCGGUGUGUGCAAACCAUAACACCAGCUGAAAAUUUUCUAAGGCAAGUCAGUCAGACUGCUGCCACUGACUGAAAGAAGUAGGAAAGAAGAGAUUAUUCUCUAUUAAUUAUAAAAUUGCCUGAUAAUCAAAAUAAAAUACAUAAAAUGCUGCAUCAAGGUAUCAUUUUAAGAGAGGGACAUAUAACGCGGACCAUUUACAAUCUGAUAAAGGACAAACGCUACGAUGAUGUGAUUGAAUGUAUGGUGAGUAUCGGUGAGGCUGCCAAUACCCGGGCUGGUCUAUCAACACUGGGCUAUUGCUACUAUCACGCCCAAAAGUACGAAGAGGCAGCAACUUGUUAUGAGCAACUGUGCACGCUGGUGCCCAAGGAGGCCAAAUACAAGUUUUACUACGCGCAAUCCCUCUACCAAGCGGGCAUUUUCGGCGACGCAAUGCGUGCAUUGAAACAAAUCAGCGAACAUGAAGGACUCCGCGAGUCGUGCCUACAGCUACAGAGCGCCAUACUGUACUCGAGUGAAGACUUUGCGGGCGCCCAAAGCGUACUGAACCAACGUGCCGCUGGCAAUGCGGAAACACUCAACGACGAAGGCUGCCUACUCUUUCAUGCCGAUCAAUAUGAGAAGGCUGCGCAACGCUUCUCCAAUGCCUUGAAGGUGGGCGGUUUUAAUCCGCUAGUGGCAUACAAUUUAGCAUUGUCGCAUUUCCACAAAAAGGAGAAAACCCAAGCAGUUGAAUACACAACGGAAAUUGUGGAGCGCGGCAUACGCAAUCAUCCAGAGUUGGGCAUUGGCGCACAAAUCGACACCGACGGCAGUGCCCGGAGUGUGGGAAAUCCAAUAACGAUGGCCAUGUCGGGAAUAACGCAGGCGUUGAAUUUGAAAGCCGCCAUUGAGUAUCAAGAUGGCAAUAUGGAUGCUGCACACGAUUCGUUGUUGGAUUUGCCGCCACGUUCGGAAAGUGAAUUGGAUCCGGUUACAUUGCAUAAUAUGGCAUUGACAGAUCCCAAAGGUGCUGUUGCCGGCUUGCGUAAAUUGGCUUUCCUCUUACAGCUGGGCCCGCCAGCUUGUCCCAAGGAGACUUUUGCAAAUAUUUUGCUGAUUUGUUGUAAGCAUGAGAUGUACGAAAUGGCAGCCGAUAUAUUGGCUGAGCACACUGAUCUCACUUAUAAAUAUUUGUCGCAGUAUCUCUAUGAACUGCUCGAUGCCCUUAUAACUGCACAAACUUCCUCAGAGUUGGCAGAGAAGAAACUUGGUGUCCUGGCCUCGAGCUUAGCUGGCAAACUGCGCAGUCUGGCCGCCAAAGUACAAGAGAUGCGUGGCACCACUGAUCAAAUGGCUUUGCGUAAUGCUCUCCAGGAUUACGAGAAUGCUUUAGAACUCUACAUGCCCGUUGUCCUGGCACGCGCUUGGAUUUACUGGCGUGAUGAUGACUUUGUCGGUGCGGAACGUGAGUUCCGUGCAAGUGCGGAAUUCUGUUCGGAGAACUCAGUUUGGCGUCUCAAUGCCGGGCACGUGCUCUUCAUGCAAGGCGACAAGUAUAAAGAGUCAGCAGCAUUCUAUGAGCCCAUCGUUCGGCAACACAAUGAUGAUAUCAUGUCCGUGCCGGCGGCAGUUUUGGCUAACCUUUGCGUCUCAUACAUUAUGACCUUUCAAAAUGAGGAAGCUGAAGAGUUAAUGCGUAAAGUGGAAAAAGCUGAAGAGCUCAAAGGCAAUAUGGGCAAGCAGUAUCAUCAUUUGUGCAUUGUAAAUCUGGUUGUCGGCACCCUCUAUUGUGCUAAAUCCAAUUAUGAAUUCGGUUUGUCGCGCAUUGCACACGCAUUGGAUGGUGGAAAUGGUGCGAGGCUCUAUGCAGAUACUUGGCUACAUGUGAAGCGCUGUGUGUUGGGCUUACUCACAGGCAUGGCGAAGCAGAACAUCAUCCUGCCGUAUCCGGCUGUGCAGGAAGUGCUGAAUUUCUUGAAAUCUUGUGAAGUUUAUGGUCUUUUCACACCUGCAAACAUUUACACCGCCACAGAUGAAGUGCCCGCCGAACCAUUGACCAUUGGUUUGGAGGCAAGAAAGCUGCGUCUCCUAUUGAUUAAGCUGAGUGAAUAUGAACAGUGAAUGAGUAUACAAACGAAAAAUUAUAUUUUUUUAUCGACUUCUACAAGAACGUUCGUUACGUUUAUUGAUUUUUGUAUAUAUGUGUAUGUAUGUUUGUUUCCAUAUAAUAUGUAUAUGUAUAUGUAUUGUAUAUUAUGAUUAUUAUUAUAAAAUAUAUAAACUUAAAAGAUCGUUAAAAAGAGUUCACAUUCGUAUGUCAUGUUAGUGUAAACGAAUUAUAAAUUUUUAUAUUUAUUUGCAGUAUUUCUCUUUACUUAAGAGUGAUUUAACUCGCUU